CCUUUAAAUACUCACCAUAAACAACAAUCCUCUCUUUGUCCAUUUCAUACAUUUUAACAACAACAAUAACCUCAUUAUCUCCAAAACAACAAGAACAAAAACAAAAACAAAACCAAAACAAAAAAAAUGGCUCUCAAGGCAAUUCCAAUUUCUCAAGUUGUUCCACAAAUUGAUGAAAUUCAUGUUGAAAAUGUCACAUUCCCUUCACUCUACAAUAAUAAUUCUACACCUCUUUCCCAUGGGGAAGAUGAGGAUGAUGUUGGGAAGAUGAAUAAUAAUAAUAAUAAGUUUGUAGUAAUGGGACAUAGAGGAAGUGGGACAAAUAUGUUGCAAUAUUCUUCAUGUAAUGAAAAAACAAUAAAAGAGAAUACUUUGCGUUCCUUCAAUGAAGCUGCUAAAUUCAACCUUCAAUUUAUCGAAUUUGAUGUUCAGGUUAGACAAUAACUCCCAAAUUCAUUUUUUUUAGACGCUCUUCUAAACCACUUUAUUUGUCACAUUUUUUAUUUAUACGUCGCUUAAAAACUAUAUGUUUUGACUAUGGUAAUUAAUUAAAUGUAAAUAUAUUUGUGGACGAUUAAAAAGGUGGCCUUGUUUUACUGUCAACCUCUAGAAAGGACACGAACCACAGAGAAUACGUAGCAGGUGGUGUCUAAUUUUGUGACUAUUGUCAUCAAAUCAUUUUUAAUAUGUAAAUUAUUGAGACCAAAUUUACAAUUACAACACAACUUUAUAUGCUUUUAAGCCUUUGACGCUUGUACUAUGAUAGCAUCAUUCAUUUUUGACCAAGGAAGGAAGUGUUUUAUUUAUAUAAAAAUGUUUGAAUAGAGAGGAAGAAGCUUUGAUAAAACAUCAAUCAAGGUUGAGCUAGUGUCACUUGAGAAAUCUUAUUACAUUACAUUAUUAUACAAACAUACCCGCAAAUUAUACAUGUGAAAAAUGAUAAAGUUGAUAUUUGGAAUAUCAUAGAUUUUUCUAGUAUAGUUUCUAAAAUAGUCUAGUGUAGUAUCUAGAAUAAUUAUCUUUAAAAAAUAUGUAGAUAUUCUAGAGAAGUUGCCUUGAAGAAAUAUCUAGAUAUUCUAAAGAAUUAAAUAUUUGUAGUAAAAGAUAGAAUAGUCUAGAUGUUGUAAUAUCUAGAACCAUCUUACAUAAGUAUAAAUAGAGGUGACCUUAGUCAUUUGUAUGUAACCCAAUAACAAUCCAAAGAAAGACAAUCAAUGAGUCUUCUUCCAUAAACAAGUUCUCCUUUUUAACUUCAUCUCUUUUUUAGAUUCAUCUUAGUUAACGAUUUUGGGCUAAGAGAAGGCCCGAUUUAUACUUUUCUUCUGCUAUUCUCUAUGAUACAAACCCACGAAUUAUACAAACGAAACA